AACUCAAACGUAUUACGACCGUUUCCGACACGAGAACGCGGUAACGCAACGACCAAUAAAUCGGCACGUUCUUGUUAGCGGUCCGCACAGGCUUGCAAUGCUGAACAACGGCGUUUUCAGCGACGCCCAAAACGACAAAUCGGCCGCAGCAUAAAUCUGCUCUGGACCAGGCCUCGGUGGGGCCGUGGCAGCAACGGCGAAAAAUGGCGGAUAAAUCUGAAGCUGUAUUGGAUGGCAAAGCUCUACAUGCAUUGCGCGUCGUCGACCUCAGAUCAGCGCUCGAGAAGCGCGGACUACCAAAAAGUGGAAGCAAGAAGGAACUCGUUGAGCGCUUGAAACUGCAACUUAAGAUAGAGAAACUGCACGAGGAGUCUUUGAAGGCUGAAGAUCGGGUGCCCAACCUUGACCUCCAAGAUGAGCUGACUGGUCAGAAUGACUUUGUCAGGCAGUACUUGGCGGCACAACAACAAACGUAUUCUCUGCAGCUUAAAGAGCGCAGACAGGCUGAAAUGCAGGCCUUCAGCAGCGUACCAGAGAAAGUGGGCGGUGAAGAGGCCACAGCAGCACCAGUGGUGCUCAGCCCUGUUUUGGAUGAGAAGAGCAGCCACCAAGGGUCCUGGGAGCGUCCACGCAGAGGUCGCACAUGCCCAUCUUCUAUAGAUCCAGGAGGGAAUGCUAGCCAUUGUCCCUACCAAGGAAAGCUGCCUAUGGAAGCAAAUACUGCAGUGAACACUAGCAGAAGGGGCAGACUUCGUCAGCAGAGGCUAUCUCCUCCAUGUCCUGACAAGAAAGGGCGCACGAAGUCAGUAGGAGCAGAGGAGCAACAGCAAACCUGCCAGCCACAGCCUGAGUUUUCAAGCACCCCGAAUGAGUACAGUAUGCAUGACAUGGUGCUAAGGACAGUACAAUCGCCUCGAAAAGGAGCUGUAGCACCUGUCGUUUCUCCUCCCCCAAUCGAAGAGCGUAAAGACCACCGAUAUCCUUCCAGAAGGAAACGAGAAAGUUCUAUCAGUCAAGCAAUGGUCACUGCUUCACAGCCCAGAUGCAUGGAACCGAUCACCAAUGAUGAAAAAAGUGUGUGUGAUGUAGAAGCAUGCCAAGCAACAUCAGCUAGCCCUCCGGACAAAACUGCUGAAGAAACUGAAUGCGUUAGAAAGAAAUAUGCACGCUUAGAAGAUCCAUCCACAGGACUUGUGACUGCACACAGAAGUACACGAAAGAAAAACAAAAAAAAAUCACCAGUGACCAUGGCCACCAAUGCUGAACCUAGCCAAUUGGACUCGAGCCAGCUAACAUUACCACAGCCUUUACCAGAGAUUGAUCAGUCUACCAUCAAAAGAACAAGCAACCCCAUCCAAUGCUCUGUAGUAGAUGGAAGCGAAAAAAGGGGAAGGCCAUUGCGGAUGCUCAUAACAAGAACUGGUGCAACAAAGAGUGUCAUCUCUUGUAAUCGUGUAAAUAUGCGAUGUGAACCAUUACCUGAAAAUGCUGAAGCAUGCCAGUUGAAUACUUCACCUACUCAAGUGCCUUCUAACGUGCUAACAAGUGAACCAGCACUCAAGUCAUCUGCCUUGAAGGAUUCGCAGCCAGUCAGACAAGAUACCCAAAGCUCACUUGAAGAUGACCUUCACGAGACACUGAACAAACUACACAUAACAGAGGUGGAAAGUAGACAAAAAACAACGGAGACAGAUAGUGGGAAAGAGAGUGUCAGCUCAGUAUUAUGCGACACAAUACCAGCGUGUGCAACAGCUGAAAGGAGUCCAACAAGUUUGGUGGAACAAGAGUGGAAAGAUUUAAAUAAGGAUUCUGCCAUGGGGAAUCAUGAUGCAAACACUGUGGUAAAUACACCAUCAGAGAACGAGAAUCUUCAGCCAGCAGCUGUAAUUACUAAAGAUGUGGAUCAAAAAGCACUAGAACAAGAUGUGAAUGCUUCAACAUCUGCUGGACACAACCCCAGCACAAGUAGCAUGCCAUCAGAUGUUUCUAGCAGCCCCACAAGACCAUCUGUACGUAGAACGUUGACAUUAGAAGAGAUGACAAAUGCCGUUGAAUCUAUUCUUCAAACAACAGAGAAAACACUGGCCUUGACUGAACAGUGUCAAGACAUGCCUUGUACUGAUGCCAACCUCAUUGAUGAAAAAGAAGUUGAUAAUGCUACUGACAGCCUUUUAAAAGAGAUGAGUGCUCAUAAUGAAGAUAACUUGCAGCUCACCAACUCUUGCCUAUCGGCACAGCAGGACAAAGUAGUUGAAUUCUCAACAUCAACAACUUUACAUGAAAAUUACAUUUCCAGUAAUGACAAAAAAAACUGUGAGACAGAGGAAGUUGGUGAAAAAAGUGCUACUGAGUCACCUUAUAAUGUUGUAUUGCCCCAAAGCGAACCAGCCAUGUUUGAAACACAGAGCAGCCUUUCACAAAACGAGGAGCUUUUCUGCACCACUUUACUGCCUACGGAUGGUACAGGAGUACUAUCAGAUGCAUCCCUUACAGAAGGAAAGGUAUUGGAUGAAGGUGCACAAGUAAGCAAGCCUGACAGUUUUAGUUCACCCCAGUGCUUUGAUGCUAUAGGGUUUGAUACUGUUGUUAAAAAAACCGAACCCUGUACAACUCCAGAGAAUGACAAGCACGAACAAGAAAUAUCUGGGCAGAGUACUUCAAUUGCAAGCAGCACUUCAUCUCCGACAGAUUGCUUAGAAGACAUGGAUACUGAAAGAUCAUACGAACAUACAGAAUUGACAUGCACAUUCACAGAAGCUUCAAAAAAAGCCAGUACACAGGAGACACUUAACAGUGCUUCCUCACAACUUCUCAAUUUUAAAAUUCCUGUGCAAGCACUUGAAAAUGACCAGAAUAUAAAGACAGACCAUGUAGUGCAAAAAAUGGGUAAUGAAAGUUCAAUCCAGGAGACUUCCUUUCAUCAGGAGACUUUUCAACCUUUAUAUAAAACGCAGGCUAAAGAUGAUGGUCGGCAAGCUCUGGCUAGACACGAAUCUUCAGGUUGCCUGCAUGCUGCUAGGGAAGACAAAGAUGCACUAGGCAGCCUUGAGUGUGUGCCACUUGUUCAAACAGGUUCGCAACAGAGUGCAAGUGUAGAAUCCUGCAGCAACUUAUCAUCAUCACUGCAUGUAUUAGAAGACACACACAAGUUACAUGCAGACAUUGCAGAAGGUGCAUCACUGGAAAAGGGACUGAACACACCAGACUUGACUCUAUCUCAAAGAAAUUUGGAAACACAGGACAAGUUUUCUUGUUCUGGUGAUAAGGCAUCAAAAUCAGCAGACACACAAGAAACAUCCCUGCAAAAAGAACCAUGUAAGGAAGAGCGGAUCAUAAAUACACAGGAAGUGCUCCCAUGCUCCGGUGGUAGCGAUAACACGGACACGAUAAAAAGCCCAUGUGAUACACUGUAUAACACUGAACCGGAGAAAAUCAAGGAAACUUGUACUUCUAGUUUUUUUCCAAAGCUGCUUUCAUCAAGCUCAGGAAAAUGCACUGAUAAUAUCAAACAACUUGACCUGUCCAGUGUGUCUUUGGAUGUUGAGACACCAGCAAUGAUUUCAUCAAACAAGAGUAUAGCCAAUAAAUCAGAUAACAAAUGCUCCAACUAUGUCCCUGAAGAGCAACCAAUCACAGGAUCAGGCUCAAAUGAGGGUCUUCAAAAUGAAGCAACAGUAAGUGCUCUUUCAACAGUUCCCAAUGAAGAAAAGGAACCAGCAGAACAAACCAUAACUGGCAGCCUGAAAACACAGGAAUAUACAGAAAACACAAUACAUAAAAUUACUGAGAAAGCAGGAAUGGUCACAGGAGAUGCAGUAUGUACAAUCUCCAAUGCUGGAAACGCUGUUGAGCCCUAUGAGCGAAAAAAAUAUGUGGUUCACUUUCCACAAGAUGAAGUGAGACUGAGAGAAGUACCACAAGAGCUGUCGUUGCAAUGCCACACUUCACCACUAAAUGAACCUGGAGAGAAACACACUAUGUCAACAUAUGCAACUAACCAAGAUUCCAUCCUUGUCAACUGCGAAUUGCCUACACUUCAAGACAAGCACAACACAGAAGCACUUCCAGAUUUUGCACUUGACAAAGCAACUGGUGGGAAUUUAGACAACUGUAAUGAUGCUAUGAAUUCGAAGGUUUCAGAUAGUGCAAUCACAAGUUCAAUGCCAGUAUCAGUGACUUGUGAGGGUUCGUUAAGUAGCUUGAUCAAUACACACAAGCAAAAUGAAGAGGCUCAAGCUGUAAGCACAGUAGCCAACAACUUAAGCGCCUGCUUCACAGCGACCCAGCAGCAGCAAGAGCACCAAGAGGCCACAAGUUUGGGAAGCUGCGACUUGACGAUAGAGUUUUGUAAUACUUCACAGCAUCCAACAGCGCUGUCAAUCAAAGAGUGUUUGGUAAUAUGCCCCGAUGCUAACUCGGCUAUGAGUCGGUCAGCAAAAGGGCAACAUUAUGAUGGAUCUGUUUCAGCAUCUGACAGCACAAACAUAGAGUGUGGUGUGCUUCCUCACUUUAGUUCUCCUAACACUGCAAAGGUAGUUGGACCAGUGCAACCUAAUUCAUCAAUAAGCAUACAAGACACAAAAGAAAUGCCUGCUUUAGUUAUACCAUGUUCCCAUACCCAUAAAUCUGGUGCAAUUUGUCAGUUCUCCGGGCCGCAUGAAAAGGAUGAAAUUCCAAGGAAGCCCAUGCAAGGUGAUGAACAAAUGCAAACUAUUCAAGGCAGGAGCGCUGCACCAAAAGAAACAAAAGAUUACGCUUCUGUUCCCACAGAAAUUACAGACACCAGUGAUGCCAUGAAAUCAAGAUUACUUGUAGGUUCAUGUGAUGAUUUCAGUUCUACAGAAAGAAGACUAAAAAACAAAGGUAAUUUUGAUAAUUUCAAAGCAUCGCCUCUGUGCUCUAAGGAAGCAAACUUGGCCAUCACUGGAGAACCAUUUGACACUACUGUUGCAGCAGAGCACAAGCAGAGUGUCACUACAGCACAUGAGGUUUCUAGCGAACUGGAAAAUACUGAUAAAAUAGAAAUCCCCAACUGCAUGUGCACAGUAUCACCAUCUGAGAUUUCGUUGCAAAAACAUGAACAUGUUGAUGAACCGAAGAAUGAAGCAAUGACAGCCAACACCCAAAUGACCAUACUUCUCAGCAAUAGGGUCAAUGCAACAAGUAAUGAGCUUUUAUUGGAUGAAAAUUAUUCUUUUCAUAGAGGAAAAUGCAGCAGCAAUGAUAAUCAAAAUAAGCAAGAAGUGGGAGGCGACCUUCACCUGUGUGGCACAUCAUCUAGACAUCCACCUUCCACUAAGUCUGAUAUAAUGAAUGCACAUGUGGUACAUGAAAGAAGUGCAGCUCCUGAAGAAUAUCAACAGGAAUCCACAAACAUCUCAACUCCUGAGCACUCGGACGAACUUGGCACCGACGCCAGACAUGAACAAGAAUCUGUAAAUGAAUGUGAAAGUUUCAAGUUUGGCGGACUCCAACACGUGGGCACCGAAGAACCGAGUAACAGCAAACUAGAUGUCACUGGGUCUACUAACAUAUCAGUUAAGGCGAGAUAUACAAUUGACGAAGGUGCUGAAACAAUCUGUGUUCCUCGCAGCAGCGCAUUAAACAAUGAAAAUGCUUCAGAACAUUCAAAUUUAUCACCGGUGGAUGGCAUAAGAUAUCAAGAUGCUGAAACAACAUUGACUUCAGCAAAUAUGGAGCACGCAAAUGUGCAGGGCAAUGAUGACAGCAAUGCUUUUCCUCCAAAUGAGACCUGCUUCACUGAGCUGUAUGCAACUCCUGAACCAAAAGAUGUAGAACACACCCCAACGGCAUUCAAGCACAGUGAAAAGUACUCCAAGAGAACGAAUAGCGAAUUUGCACAUAGCCCCAUUGGCCUCAGUCGUAGCAAAGCACAAGUGGAACAUUCAAGUGCAGCACAUGUGGUACUACAUCUUUCUGGCACCGAACGCACUGUUAACUUAGCACACGUGGAUAUUUCCGAUAGCGAUCAGGUGGUGGAAAAGCAUGUGCUUAAGAUACCGGAAAGUGAUUUUUUCACAGGUGACGAACAUCUCAGCGGGUCUGAAGAAAUUGUAAAUAGCUCGUCGAACUUGGCUGUCAACGAUGAGUUUGUGUUGGGGUUCGCUGCUAGAAAUCGGCAGCCCUGCGCACCUAUACUACCUGAAGAUAUCCCAAAGGACUUAGAAAUUCAAGGCAAAGAACAUAUUCUUAGUCGUCCAUCCAACCGUGCUACGGGAAACGAUAACGCAAUUUAUGACUGCGAAGUAACGAAAGAAGAAGCAACAGAAAUGCACGCAACUACGUGCACCGAAGAACACGGCACUGAUUUCAUAAGGGCAGAUGGCGGGGACAUUAAUGUUGCUGCAACAGGUUCGACGGAAUUUUCGAGCUGUUCGAAGUCCCAUGCAGGCACUCCAGCGUCGGACAGUUGCGGAGCAGACUGUUUCAAUACCGCGGCUUCUCCGACACGCAACGUCGGGCGGCAGUGUUCGGUCAGCUGCACCAACUUUGAAUGUCAGCCACAUGAAGCGUGUGAUCUCUUCCUACAGAACAGCGGCAAGUCCGAUGCAAGCGCCGAUCUUCAGCACAAAACACGGGAGACGGAGAGAUAUGUUCUAGGCCGUGUUGACCAUAUUGAUAGCAGUGGGGACAUCAGCUGUUCUGAAAGGGAAGAGCCCGAAAUGGCACGUCUACGAGGCCGAGGAGUGCGCAAGCAGGUGCCUGCUCGAGCCACUAAGGAGCCAUCAGAACCGUCUUCUGAUGGGGAGGGCAAUGAGGCUGGAAACCGGCGGCUGCGGAAUGGCCGCCGCGCAACGCCAGAGGAACCGCAGGCGAAGCGGCGUUCAUCACGCAACCGCAAGGCAGCUGCUGAGGAAUGCCCCAAGGAAGACUCUGAUGCAGCCACCGAACCUGAGAGCACACCGGGGAGCCCGCAACUGGAGGAAGGCCAAGUGCUGAGUCCCGUGAAUGAAGAGGAAAAGCAGAAGCCUGAGGGUAAGGAGGCAUCUGAAGGUAGUUCAAGCUCGUCAUCAGGUACAUCGGAUGGGGAGGAGGAACCUGUGGGUCGAAGGGGCCUCAAGGGGGUGCUGACAUCGCCGCCGGGGCGAUGUCAGGCACCCUCCGAAGGGCCCCAUUCACCCCCAAACAGAGAGGCAGCUCGGGAAGAGGACAUGAAAAGCCAGGAGGAACCAGCUGAAACGCCUGUUGAGCCUGACCAGCGUCCACUGCAAGAGGAGAGGCCAUCCAAAGAAAGCAUUCCUGAAGAUGUAGAAAUGAAGGAUGAUGAGGAGAGCCAGCUGGCAUCGGAGGCAUCGCCACCCAAGUUUAAAACCAGGAAGAUGUCGGUUGCAGCCUUGAAAAAGGAUUCUGAAGAUAAGGAGGAGCGUCCACAGCGGAAGCGCAAAUGGGGCCCUACGAAUGUUGUCCUCGAGCCUUCCAUGAGCAUUUCUACUGCGGCAUUGAAGGACCUGAUACCUGACAUUCAAGAACCACCAUCUGAGCCUAAAGAGCUUGAAGAGGAACAUGUUACUGCAUCUGUUGGAGAAUCUCCAGUCACAGAGCAGGAGGAAGCUUCUGAAGAGCCACCAGUUAAACUACAGGCUGUAGAUGAUGAACCUACUAAUGAAGAAAUGCCACCCUGCAAUGAAACCACUGAAAAAGAUCAGGAAAAGGGUGAAGAUGGGGAGCUGAGUCACGGUGAAAAGUAUUCAGUGGGUGACAGGAUUGACAAGGCCUCAAGAGACGAGAAACCUAAUGAUGAAAGUGAACACGUCUCUCGGGAUGAGAAGGAAAAGACCCCUGGCAAGGAUGAGAAAACAAGCAAAACUGAAAAACCUCCAAGAGAAGUUAGUCGGGAGGAUAAACCUGGAAAGCAUGAUGCAAACACAAAGGAAACAAAAGGGGCCAGAGAAAAGGCAUUACCAAAUACAGCACCACGUGCGGAGCGCAAGGCCCUCCAUGUGAUCUCAGACAGAGCGCCCUUGUCUAAAAGGCCUGCAGCAGGCAAGUUGGCAAGCCCACCAAGAAACCCGAAGAGCCGCAUUUUGUUUGUGCGCAACCUUGUGCGGCCUUUUACGUUGAAUCAGCUGAAACAGUUGCUUCAAGAAUUUGGAGAUAUCGUUGACUCUGAGUUCUGGAUUGACAAGAUCAAGUCCAAAUGUUUUGUAACUUAUGUAUCUGAGGAAGAUGCUGUCAAAGCCAGAGAAGCGUUACAUAACUUGCGAUGGCCACUCUGCAACCCAAAAAUACUGCAUGUGGAUUUCUCAUCGCCUGAAGAGAUGGAACGUCAGAAGGAGCCUCCUGCACCACCACCACCUAGGCCAAUAAAUGCUACAGAGAGGACUUUGCCAGCGUUUCAGCGAACUGUAGAAGUGGACCCCCGUAUGCCAACUGGACGUGAAGUCUUGCGGGACCCACGGGAGGUUUUGCGAGACCCAAGGGAGCCCCGGGAAAUCAAUGACCCCCGGGAACCUAAGGAUCCUCGUGAGGCUCGGGACACUGUCACAGGCUCUUCAGCACGCCCAGAUAGAAAUCAGAUGGUUGAAAGACAGGCAGUAAAUAGGCGGCCUGCUUUGCCAAUACGGGAAUGGGACCGGGACAAACUUCGUCAAGAGACACCACCUCCACCAACUGCUGAGCAGGCACCGGCCCCAUCACGCAACAAGGCCACUUCUCCAACAGACAAGCGAGAGCGUCGAGACAAGAAAGUGGCAAAGCGCAAAUCGGAAGAAGAUACACCAGCCAAAUUGCUGGAUGAUUUGUUCCGCAAGACAAAGGCGAGUCCUUGUAUCUACUGGCUGCCUCUUACUGAGGAACAGAUAGCACGUAAAGAAGAGGAGCGAAAGCAGCGGCGACAGGAGAGGGAACGCAGGCGACAGCAGCAGCAACUACAAGAAGAGGAAGAGCGCCGUAAGCGAGCUCUUGCACGUGAUGUGGCUGCGAAGACAAAACAGGAGUCCAAGCACAGUGGCAGCCAUAGCCCUGUGCGGCGGCGUUAAAGAAUCCUAUGUGGGCUUCAGCAGCCAAUAGGGUUGUUCUGGGAGUUCCAUGUGGGGAGACAAGCUGGCAGGCCCCUCAGCAUCGACUUUCCUGCCCUAUCAGCCCGGCACCAGCACGGGCAAGGUAGUAAAGCUUUCUUGCGGUCCCUGAUAUAUCCCCCGCCCUUCUUCAUAUUCCUUUUAGUACUUUUGUCCCUCUGGUCAAAAAUAGUGGGCCUUUCAUUGCUGUGAUUUUUUUAAUGGUGGUUUUUUUUUUCUCUGCUCUACUUAGUCUUUCUUUCUUUCUUUCUUUCUUCAGCAUGUGGGCUAGUGUUGAGUUCUAGCUAGUGUAGUGUGCCUUACUAGCAAAGGAAGGUAAGUAUGGCUAGUAGCAGGAAUUUCUGUAAACCAGAGGGACUAUCUUCUUUGAUCCUUUUACACCCUUCCACACCUCUAUCCACCUUGAGUUUUGAGCUGCUCCGAGGGACUCGAGCAUUAGAGCCAAACAGCAGCAGCAGCAGCUAGGACAAGUGGGGGCACACAUCACAACAUGGCAGUGUCUUCUUGCAGAUAAAGGGGAGAGGGCCCUUGGUUGGACUGCUUGCGUGCGGGACCCUAGUUAGCUGCCAGCAAAACUUCCUCAAGGGUCGAUGGGCCCAGGCAGGAACACGUCGCAGCAUGCACCACAAUGCCUCAAAUUGUCUCCUGAAAAACAAAAAAAAGUUACAAAAAAUGGCCGGCCUCCAUUUGCAUCGUCAUCACCAUUUUGGAACGGAUCUCAGUUGCUGUUGUGGAGGGUGCUACUUCAGAAAAACUGAGUGCUUCAAGCCAAGACUGAAUCCAAGACUGGCACCUGGUGCAACACUGAUGCUUGUGCAGAUAAACUGUGGUGUUGGACUGCAUCAGCUUCAAGUGCACAUGGGACUCUGUUGAAUAUGCAUUGUUAAUUUCGAUCUGCCUCUCUACUUGUUUUUGCCAUUUGUCAGCUUGGAAGAAAUAUGUCUGUGUAUCCAUCUGCACUCAUUUCCUAGAGGAACUUCAUGGAUGCAUUAUGUAAAGAGGGCUCUAUGAAUUUACUAAGUUCCCACCAACUGCUCUCGUGCACAUUCACAAUGAAAUAAAGCCAAUAAAAGUUUAAAAGCCUCA